GCGCUGCAGUGCGUGGUGCAGACCUUCGCAGAGCUGUCCGGGAGGUUCGACGUGUUCGGGCGGCGGAAUGGGACCGACCAUGUGGUGCUCUACGGCUUGGAGUACCAGCAUUAUCGGUCUUCCCAUGGCUUCCGCCUGGAAGACUACCACGCGGCAGCCGCCAACUGGAUCGUGCUCACGGUGGCGUGUCCUUGGCCCUGCGGUGACGAGCCUGAUAGCUGGAGUCUGCGGAGCCGCUUCGUGCUGAUCCCCCACGGCUCGCGCCUGCGCUGCCGUGCCCGGCGGCUUUCCUGGGCGUCGGAGAUGAACAGCCCCCGGCGCUUUCGUCUCGGCUACGUGGGUGCCGUCAGCCGUAAGUUUGAAGAACGGCAGGCCUUCUUCAACCUCACGUGCCGGAGCCAGCGCUGGCUUCGCACGGAGGACGGGGUUUGGCACGCUUCUGCGCCCUGGACGACGCGGCACUAUGUGCUCGAUGGCAACACCACGUUGCUGGAUGCCUUUCUGCUCACUGAAGAGAGCUUCAAGCGCUGCCAGGACCUCAGUCUGCCGGGACUGAACUUCUGGUGGCUCGAGGAGGAGUGGCGCUGGCGCUUGGUUCCUGAGGCGGAGCCGCCAGACUACGGCGCCUACUUUCGGAAGUCCUUCUCCGUGCCCUUCUACAGCUUCUCUGACGGCACCUUGGCCAAGCGCCUGGACGUGAUCUAUGGGCGGGCGCCUGCGGCAGAAGUAAGCACCGGAGAUUUACAGGCCUUGCGGCGAGAGCAGCCCAUCUUUAACUCGCUGCUCUUCGAGACCAUCUACUCGCAUUCCGAGGCUGGGGAAGCAAAUUCUCGAAUUCACGUGGACCUGGGCAAAGUGAUUGAUCACUCGGGGUGA